AUGACGAGCAGGCCUUUUUUUCCUUCACGUCGGAUUUGUGGCCUCUCCACCUCCUGUGUCUCUGCACCCCCUGAAAGGCUCAGCAGAAUCGCACGCAUCAGAGAAAGUGAUUCCAUGCUGACUAGUAGUGGAGGCGCCACAACUUAUAUGGAAUCAAUAAGCAAUGACAGCGUUAGUCUGUUUAGUGCUGCCCCUAUUGGAUGUUGGGGUAACAUGUGCUCACGAUGCUCCAAAGGUUCCGUUGGUGGUGUUCGAACCUCAAGAAGACUCAACAGCAGCUAUACCAAGGCUCUGUCUAGGAUGUAUAGUAGUAGCAGCAGCCAAAACACCUCGAGAAGCGAUGCUUUACCGAAUGCUGGAAAUCGCGACUUUAUUUGGCCUAACCACUAUUGGAGCAGGCGUCUACAAAACGUUCGUUUUGAUGGCAUGCAGAUAGUUGCAUCUCCUUGGAGCUUCAUUUCAAAGGAGGAACUCGCGAAUUGUUUGCUUCUUGAAAGUAAAGGAAAAGCGAGCCAGGACCCCUCGCUGCUUCAGCGGUUGCGUCUAAUAGGGAGCUAUAUUUUGUCGCCAAGAGGCCUUGAGGAAGAUGGCAGGCGGCUCUUCCGCACAUUGAUUCCCCGAUAUGAAGAUACGCAUCUGACUGAAAAGUAUUUCGGGAUAGGCGAGGCAGAUUUUAACGGUCGGGUGUACUUCUUGCUACUCCACCUUUGGUCUCUUCACUGCGCUCUCCACCAGGCCAUAAGUGAGUUCAAGGUGCCUGCGAUUCUUCGCGAGCAACAAUUCGUUUCUUUUGGCUUCUGUGUCUCCUUGGACGAAGCCUUUGAAGAUGAAGCCGCUGGUCCCGCCGGGCAGCUGGCCCACAGACUUUGGGUAACGGUCUUUGGUGCUGCGGAGAGUAAAUAUGCCUGCAAUGAACUGAUUGCACUUACCACAUACGCCAUGCGGAUACGGCAUUUCGCCAUGCAGCUCCCGACAGAAGCGUUGGUAACAGGAGCCUUCAGUUGGCCACAGUGGCCCCCGACGAGAACCUGCUCCCGGGUCAAAGACUAUUCUAGAGGUCCCAUCGCACUACAUCUCAUGCAUCCUGUCGAAUUUCAGCGAGGGAACUAUACUGUUGAAAAUUUGGGAAUACUCCGCCUCAAGAGGCAGCUCCUCAUUGUUCGGUUGGCUCAGCACUGCUCACCUAAUGGAUGUGCAACAUCAAAAAUUUAUUAG